GAGCGUCACGCGUGCUCCGCCAGCGCCCCGCUGGCAGGGCCCCCGCCAGGCGCUGCCGUGGCGCAGCGGGGCCCUCGCGGGGCUCCGCGCGCCGCGCCGGCCGCACGGCCCGCGGGCCGCGCGCGCCGCGGUGGUGGCGCGCGCGCUGGAGGCGGUGCCGAGGCUCCUGGCGGCAUUCGCGGCGGGGUGCAG